CCAGAUCAGCAGAAGGUGGCAUAUAAAACGUGCACUCAGCAUCGUAGUUCACAUGACCAUAGAGCAGUACAGCACGCUCUCUCUCACAGCCCUCAGUGCUGGUGAAGAAUUGCCUUGUCUUUUUCUUAUAUAUAUCAAGGACUUUGGUGAGGUCAUGGCCACCACAAAAGACAGAGACUAUGACACCAUCACAUCUUUCCUUGGAUCUUGGGGACCCUUUCAGAAAAGGAUUUUUUUUACACUAGCCAUCAGCAUCAUCCCGAAUGGACUUUUUGGAGGUUACAUAGUAUUCGUAGGUGACACCCCACCUCAUGAAUGCUACAUCCCUGGAAACUACAGCAUUAGUGAGAUGUGGAGAAACGUCACAAUCCCGUUGGAAACAGUUAAUGGCAUCACACAACGCAGCUCUUGCUCAAGGCUUAACUUGGAAACUGUCAGGCAAUACUCUGAAAAUGGACUCAUCCCAAACGUGGACGUGAAUGUGAGUGAAAUUCCCCACGAGAGUUGUCUGGACGGGUGGACUUACAGCAAAAAAGUCUACCAGUCAACUAUCGUUACAGAGUGGGACUUGGUGUGCGGGAAUGCAUACAAACUUCCGCUGUCCACUUCUAUUCAAUAUGUCGGCGUUCUGGUGGGAGCGCUGAUCUCAGGCCAGUUGUCUGACAGGUAUGGACGGAGGCCAGCACUCUUUCUCAUGAUGGUUCUUCAGACUCUGGCAAUCACAGCGCAGAUAUUCUCGCCCAGCUGGGAGAUCUUUACCUUUAUUUUCUUCUUUGUUGGUGCUGGGGGUUUCUCCAACUAUACCAUUGCAUUUGUGCUGGGUUCUGAAAUUCUAAGCCCAAAAAGCAGAGUGGUUUUCUGCUCCCUUGGAGUUUUCAUGGGUUCAGCUAUUGGGUACAUGUUGUUGCCUGCAGUGGCCUACUUCCUCCGCGACUGGUGGUCGCUGCUGAUUCCCAUGGCUGCCUCCGGUCUGAUCUACAUCCCUAUGUGGUGGUUAAUCCCAGAGUCUCCUCGCUGGCUGCUCUCUCAGGGUAGAGUGAAGGAGGCUGAGGCCAUACUGCUCCAUAUUGCCAAAAUAAAUAAAGUAGAGACUCCACAAGCCAUUUUUACACAAGCUGAGGUUAAAGAUUUAUCGGCACUGAAAGACGAGAAAUAUAAUAUUUUGGUUCUCGUGAAAAGCUGCAACAUUUUCAGUCUGACUUUAAUCUCUUCAUUUCUGUGGAUCAUCAUCACCUUGAGUUACUUUGGUUUAGUCCUCAACACUUCAAAUCUCCAUGGCAACCCCUACCUGAACUGCUUCUUGUCUGCUAUAAUCGAGGUUCCAGCUUACAUAAUUGCCUUGUUGCUGCUCCAGCACUGCUCCAGGCACUUCUGCCAGUCUUCCACACUCUUCCUUGCAGGCGUUAUGAUCCUCUGUGUUCACCUCAUUCCAAUAGACAUUCCAGCUGUGGGUGUGUUUCUUGAGAUGGUGGGAAAGUUCGGCAUCACGGCAGCGUUCUGUGUGGUGUAUGCCGUCACGUCAGAGCUCUUCCCCACCGUUAUCAGAAAUACAGCGAUGGGCUUUUGCUCCAUGGCUGCACGAAUUGGAACCAUCAUCUCCCCCUUUAUCAUUUAUCUUGGACGCUAUUUCAAGCCUAUUCCCUACAUCGUGAUGGGAGUUCUUGCCCUCACUGGCGCCGGUUUGUGUUAUUUGCUGCCGGAAACGUAUGGGAAAGCGUUGCCAGAGACCAUAUCACAAAUGCAGCAGAUAUGCGGGGGAAGAGGAAAAAAGGAAAAAGAAGCUAAACAUGAAGCAAGCAAGUCGGACAGUUGUAUUAAAGAAUCUAAAUUAUAAUAACUUAUGGCUUCUGUUUUUCUGUGUUUGUUUUUUUGUGUUUUCUUUGUAACACUGAAGAAAAAGCAGCGGUGGUCUCAGACUUUAAUGACAAGUUGUAUAAUUUAAGAGGGUUUUUUAUGUUUUACUACCCUAUUUGUUUGUAUCAAAUGUUCUCUUGAAAUUUCUGUCUGAUCAAAAUAUUUAGCUGAAUACUUUUUAUGCACUGUAACAAAAACUUUUUUUUGUCUUAAGGUUGUAUAUUUGUACUUUUAGAUUAAACUACAAUAAAGUAAAUGUAAUGACACAA